UUAGCUCAAACAAGAGCAAAACCUUGGCUUGCUAAUGGAUACAAUGGUGAAGGCUGAUCAAAUCCCAUUUGGGGAGAGAAAAUGGACAAACAGAGACAAAUAUAUGGCAGCUCUUUUUGUUAUUAUGCACUUCAUUUGUAUUCUUGCACCCUUCCAUUUCAAUUGGAAUGCAUUUUGGGUCGCUACUCUGUUAUACUUCUUCAGUUUUUUUGGAAUCAAUAUUUCGUAUCAUAGAAAUCUUUCACAUAGAAGUUUCAGACUCUCCAAAUGGCUCGAAUACUUUUUUGCAUAUUGUGGAGCUCUCGCUUUUCAGGGUGAUCCAAUCGAUUGGGUGAGUACACAUCGAUGUCAUCAUCAAUUUGCUGAUACAAAAAAUGAUCCACAUAGUCCUAUUCAAGGAUUUUGGUUUAGUUAUUUCACUUGGCUUUUGGAUUCCAAUGCUUUGACUAAAAGAGUUUGUCCACAGUAUUUUAUUGAUCAUAAAGAUACAGAUAAAACCAUCUUCACAUUGGUUUUAAAGUAUGGAAGACCAAAUAAUGUUGGCGACUUGGAGAAACAGUCCUUCUAUAGGUUUCUUCGCAAAACUUAUUUUCUUCAUCAACUUGCUCUUGCAAUCCUUCUUUAUGCGGUUGGAGGAACACCUUUUCUUGUAUGGGGAAUGUUUGUGAGGACCAUAGCAUUCCUACAUGUGACCUUUAUGUUGAAUUCAAUAUGUCAUACAUUUGGAAAUCAACCAUGGAACACUGGAGAUUUGUCUAAAAAUACUUGGUGGAUGUGUUUGCUUACACUUGGAGAAAGUUGGCAUAAUAACCAUCAUGCAUUCGAGUAUUCAGCCAGACAAGGACUUGAAUGGUGGCAGAUCGACAUUUGUUGGUACAUUAUUUGGUUUCUUCAAGUCAUUGGAUUAGCAACUGAGGUUAAAGUACCCUCUCAAUCUCACAAGCAAAGACUACAAGCUUUGGACCAAACCAAAAGAAAAGAACUUUGAGAAUGAUCGCUUUUAAAUAGAAAUAAAUUUUCUUCCACAAA